CAACAAAUAACAAAUCUCAAAUCGCAACAGCGUGCGAAAGUCGAUAAUAGAAACAACUGCCAAAGAUUACUUGUUCUGAGGGAAUGUUUUAGAAAACCAAAAGAUGUUUAAUAAAUUGGAAUUCAAUAACCUAGUGAUCAGCAACAAGAGAAAAAUACAACGUGCAAAGACUCAGACUAUCCAGAAAUUGGUACAAAAAAUAAAGAAACUUAAAUAUUUAUUGGAUAAAAAGCCAGACCAUGUCAAAAAUAAGGAACGCUACCGCAAGGCGACGUUAAGUUUCGAGGAAUUGAAGAAAUUGAAGUGCGUCGAUUUGAUGAAACAUGUACUGGUAUUAGAGAAAUCUCCUUCUGCAAUUUUAACGAAUGGACUAUGUUCACCAGAUGAGAUGGCUUUUGCAAUGCUUGCUGUCAAUAAGAUCAUACACGAGCUUGUAAGCAUUUUUCGGGAGAAAUUAGGACUCGAUGAUGGAAACCAAGCAUGGAAAAAAGAGCUAAUGCAAACUAGUAGACGACGGAUCAAAAUUCUACGGACAGAACAGAAACGCAAAAGUCGACAAGAUUUAAAAGCCCAAAAAAUUUUAGCGCGUAAACGCACGGAAUGGUUGCAGAAUCAAAGUGGUACACAAAUAAUUGAAGAUAAAAAUAAGGGGAAAGAUCUGUCCGAUGAGGGGGCUAACAUUUCUACACUAGGCUAUUGGAAGAUUGAGUCCAUCGAAGACGAAUCUAGCAAAAAAUCAAAAACACAAAUAAAGGACAAAACGAGCAUUUCUAAGGUGAACCGCACAGUAGUGAGGGGUUCUAGUCCCAGCUCAAAAAGCGGUAAUGUUUCAAAAAACACACAAACUGUUUUGCACCAGGCAGAGAGAAAUACAUUUAGUAACGCUGAAAAUGAAGCGAUAUCAAAAUAUGACGAUUCUGUUGGAAUAGCAGCUUCAGAUUUUAAUAUUAAUUUAGAAAGCCGUAAUUCUCCGGAGAAAACAAAAGAAGACAUAACACACGUAGUCGAUCCAUUCUUUAUUACAAACUCUGGUGAAAAUUAUAGGUCUUCUGCGGUUGUUAUCAGAAAUGGAAAUGUUUUGGAUUUGCAAGCAAAUGAAAACAACGAAAAAAGUAAAGCCGAUGGAAAUGCACAAAAGAGGCCUAGAAAUAAUUACAAUAAACGUGAAAAUUCCACUCAUUUUAAAGCGGAUUAUAAACCAAUUCAGGCAAAGAAUGUUCACAGAAGCGUGAAAGAAAAUCAUUUAGAAGGUUUUCAUCCUUCUUGGGAAGCAAAAAAGAAAUUUAAAGCAGUGAUAGGAAGUUUCCAAGGGAAGAAAAUAAAAUUCGAGGAUGGAGCUAAUAAUGACAUUGAAGUAACCUACCAAAAUAAUAAUAAUGACUCCGUUGGUAAAGAAAGUCAAUAUAAAAAGCAGUUAACGGCAAAAAAGAUAAAAUCUAACAGUGAUGAUAAAGACUUGCAUCCUUCCUGGGCGGCUAAACAAAAAUUUAAAACGGCCAUUACGGAUUUCAAGGGAAAGAAAAUAAUUUUUGACGAAGACGAAAAAAGAAGCAAGCCUGAAGAAACGACAAAAAUAGUUGCACCAACGAAAACUGUUGGAAAAUCGAAUACAACCGAUGCAGUUCAUCCUUCUUGGGAAGCAAAAAAGAAGCAGAAAUGUUCCAUCACCGCAUUUCAGGGUAAAAAAAUCACUUUCGAAGACGGUGAUUAGGCCCUACAUUAGUUUUUGUUUUAUAGAAAAUAAAAAAAAAGUUACAUAUU